AUGGUUUCUGCUCAUUCUUCUUCCAAUGUUUCAGCAGUGUUGUUGGGUUUCGUUUUCAUGAUCAGCACUUCCAUGGUUGCCUUUGCUGACAAGUUUUACCAAGAUUUCUACAUAACAUGGGGAGGGGAUUAUCAUGCAAAAAUGCUUAACAAUGGAGACCUCCUUACUCUCUCUCUCGACAAUGUCAGUGGCGCAGCUUUUGAGUCAUACAAUGAAUAUCUAUAUGCAAAGAUUGAUAUACAGAUCAAGCUUGUACCUGGAAACUCUGCUGGCACUGUCACUACAUUCUAUUUAUCAUCAACUGGGUCAUCUCAUGAUGAGAUAGACUUUGAGUUCUUGGGAAACGUUACUGGUAAGCCUUACAUUCUUCAUACUAACGUGUUCUGCCAAGGCAAGGGUAACAGAGAACAGCAAUUCUACCUUUGGUUUGACCCCACUGCUGAUUUCCACACCUAUUCUAUACUCUGGAAUCCCCAAAAUAUCGUAUUCUUGGUUGAUGACCUCCCAAUUCGACAGUUCAAGAACCAGGAGUCGUACGGUAUUCCAUUCCCCAAAAACCAGGCUAUGAGGUUAUACUCCAGUCUCUGGAAUGCUGAUAACUGGGCCACAAGAGGUGGACUUGUAAAAAUCGAUUGGAGCCAAUCGCCCUUCACUGCCUCCUACACGAACUUCAAUGCCGAUGCUUGCAUAUGGUCUUAUGGUACUUCUUCUUGCGAGUCAAACUCCAAUAAAGGAGCAUGGUACUGGAAGACGCUUAAUUAUGCGGAUCAAGGGAGGAUUCAAUGGGUGCAAAAGAAUUAUAUGAUUUACAAUUAUUGCACAGACACAAAGCGAUUCCGUCAAGGUUUUGCUCCAGAGUGCUAUCUUACCAAUUUUCCCUAG